AUGCGAAUCGAAAGAAACAUUCGAUCAAGCGAUAUUCGUAUUCGUAUGCAAUAUUUGGAACAAUAUUUGGAAGGAGAGCCGAAGGAGUUGAUUAAGGGAUGUCACCAUAUGGAAGCUAAUGCGGGCUACGCUGAAUCUAAGAGGUUGCUGAAAGAGAAGUAUGGUGAUCCAUACAAAGUUUCAAAUGCAUAUUUGAAGAGAAUGACCGAUUGGCCCAUUCUAAGGUCUGGAGAUGACAACGCCCUGGAGAGAUUUGCAACGUUCCUGACACAAUGCCUGAGCGCAAUGGAAUCGUUAUCUUAUCUCAGUAUUUUGGACCAUCCACAAAACCUGCAGUGUUUAGUGAGAAAAUUGCCCUUCUAUUUACAAGGACGAUGGCGUAGAGAAGUGACUAAGAUAAGAGAAAAUGAUAAGAUCCCUAUGUUCAAACACGUCGCCACUUUCGUUAAAGCAGAAGCAAAGAUAGCAACUGAUCCCGUCUUUUCCCGGCAAGCGCUCGAUAAAAUUGGUCAAGAUGAUAAGGGUAAAGCCAAGAAAAUCCUGCCCUUUAAGUUAACAAGCAACACAACCGUGAUGAAUGAAAAAUCAGGUCGUCCACCCGGACACAGAUCAAGAGGAUGUAUCCAGAGACGAAUCUGCAAGACUUGUUCAGGUUGGCAUCCUACGGGGCUGCACGAUGAAAACUUUCGACCGAAGAGUAAAACAACUGAGGAAACCAAGAAGAAUGAGGACACCACCCCAAAAGGAAACCCUGAUGAGGACAAUCCUGCUGAUUCUGCGAAGAACUGUGCAUUUGCCGUCGCUGAUGAAGUUGCCUGUGAUGCGAGCAAGAUAGAAUUUUCGGUUGAAUCUAUGCCUAUCGUUCCUGUUCGGCUAAAGAGUAACAACAAAGAAAUAAUCACCUAUGCCAUGCUUGAUUCUUGCAGCACGGGUACCUUCAUCACAGAAGAGGCGCUCAAACGACUUGAUGGGAACGGAACGAACACAAGAGUAAUGAUUCGAACUAUGAAUGGACCAAGAAUGCACGAUACCAAGGUAGUAACCGGUCUAGUAGUAUCUGAUUUGAAUGGUGCAAAUACUAUCACCCUCCCGAAAGUCUUUACCAGAGACGAAAUUCCUGGAACCAAGAAUGAAAUACCACGUCCAGAAUUAUACAGUAAAUGGAAACAUCUGGAACGUGUAUCGGAGCAGGUUCCCCCGUAUUUGGCAGAUGUUAGGAUUGGUCUUCUUAUAGGAACGAACUGUCCCAAGGCUAUUGAACCGAGAGAUUUCGUCGCUAGUAGUAACGGAGGUCCCUUCGUGAUGCUGACCUUCGCUGGUUGGACCAUAGUUGGACCACUCUACAUGUCUAAUGAUGACCACUCAGUAGACUGUCACAGAAUAAUCGUCCAAGAGGUUGGAUCAAACAAGCCGUCAGAGCACCAUUUCAUGGUUGAAGAAUCCGUCAAAGAGUUGGUGACGCCCGAAGCAUUAAAUAAAAUGUUCGAGCUAGAUUUUAAUGAGCGACACUCCCAAAAGGAUCAGUAUUCUCAGGAAGAUAAAAGGUUCAUGGAGAAGAUGGAUCGUGAGACGAAGUAUGUGGAUGGACAUUAUGUGAUGCCACUGCCCUUCAGGAAUGAUGAUGUUCAUAUGCCAAUGAAUAAACAACAAGCCAUCGUUAGAGCCUACUGGUUAGAAAAAAAGCUAUCUAAGAACAGUAACUUUCAUCGAGAUUAUGUUAAGUUCAUGAACGAUAUCCUUGGAAAGGGGUAUGCUCGUAAAGUAUCCGAUGACUGUCCAGAAGGAAAACCAGGAAAGAUUUGGUAUCUACCCCAUCAUGGAGUGUACCACGCAAAAAAGCCUGAUAAAAUUUGUGUGGUGUUUGACUGCAGCGCUCGCUUCCAAGGAACAUCGCUGAAUGAUCAGUUAAUGCAAGGCCCGGAUCUGACAAAUUCUUUACUCGGCGUCCUCAUGAGAUUUCGAGAAGACGAAGCAGCAUUUAUGGCUGAUAUUGAGAGUAUGUUUCAUCAGGUUCGUGUCCAGGAAGAACAUUGA